UGUACAGGUCAUGUUUUGAAGCUGAAGUCUGCUAAUAUUGCAUAUUAAUAUUAGUUUCAUUAUAAUGUAACAUUAGUUGAAUAAUGGAUGUGUAUGUGUGAUGGCUGCUGAUGGUUGCUUCUGUUUUGGCCGCAUUUCCGGUAAUGCCAAGAGAAGUGGUACUUCCAGAGCUGGGACCAAGGAUUUUCAGCAAUUGCAAAGGUCAACGUCAACCUUCACUUCAUUAGCAGAUCCUGUUGUUUUGGGGAGUUCAAUAUUAGGCGAUUUGGUGGCACCUCCUUGGCAUUCUGUAACUAUCCAUGAUGGUCCUAUUCCAGGUAACCUGUGGGAGGAUCCAAAAGGGAGACCCGGUUUAACUAGCAAGCAAAGAAAGCGCCUGGGUGGAUGGAUUCAUUUAUUUGAUGGCGACAAUCCUAUGCGUCGUUUGUUUACGGCUGUCCCUAGCAGUGCCCGUAUAAAGCAAGGUUUUGUUGCUGACUGCUCUUUUCUGUCCGCUUUAUCUUCACUUGCGGAUUAUGGGAAGAAGCAUUGCACAUCCUUGUUAACCAAUAUAAUAAAAUUUGUUUCGAUUGAAGGUUCCGAGACAUCUAGAUUUGGUCUUUCUGUACCUGUGGGCACAGAUGAUAGUGACACUGCUGUACCAAAGGUUGCCAUUGGGGUAAAACUAUACUUCAAUGGCGUUGCAAGAUGUAUAUUAGUUGACGAUUGGGUCCCUGUUCGCAGUGACGGUCGGUUUCUUUCUGCUCAUUCCGUCGAUCGCAAUGAGUGCUGGGUAACGGUGUUAGAGAAGGCCUUUGUGAAACUUAACGGCGGCCGCUACACCAUUCGUGGCACUAACCCUGGUAUAGAUACAUAUCACUUAACUGGUUGGAUUCCUGAUAUUAUAACUCUGCCUCAAAUCACAUUGUCAGAUGACGGUGGGAGAUCCUUGGAGCAUUACCCAGAAAAGUGGGAUCGCAUGUGGGAUGUGAUGUAUGCUGGUUUUUGCAGUGGUGCGUGUGUUAUUUGUUUAGGAACUAGCUCACUACCUGAUGCUGCGCCGUCGGGGCACGAUAGCGUAGAGGGAAUUUCGGUGUCGUCUGGCAUCGUUAGCCACCAUGCUUACAGUGUUCUUGAUAUUAAGGAUGUGCUUUUGCCAGAUAAAUCCCGGUUGCGCCUCUUGUACUUAAAGAAUCCUUGGGGCGACGUGUCUUGGAAGCAGCGCUUUUCUCCUGGUGACGACUCUUCUUGGACCAAAGAACUCUGUGAAGUGUUACAAUACACACCCAGCGAAAAGGACAAUGGAGUGUUUUGGAUAGAGUGGAAUGAUGUUUUACGUUGGUACUCUCACAUAUACAUCUCUUGGAAGCCAACUGUAUUCCGUAACCGUAUAACAUUACAUCAACGAUGGAUUCAGAACCCUUUUUUCUUGAACUCCCUUGUAAGUGAUGACAUGCACUUAUCGGUUUUUAACCCGCAGUUUAAUUUAACUGUAUCUUUUGAUGAGUAUAAUUCUGCCACUGUUUGGAUCCUCUUACUGCAGCAUAGGCACAUUUCUGAGGAAGCUCACAAGUAUUUGGCUAUGCAUGUUUUUUCCCGUGAGCACGUGGUAAUAUGCCCUCCGAUGCCAGAUGUACAGGGAGUCUAUAGCAAUGGUGAAUGUAUUCUCCUAAAGUUGUUGGUAAAGCGCAGUGCUAACAGCGAAGCGCCUGCUGACCACAUGCUCACUGGUGAGUUAGUGACUCCAUAUAAAUCUGGUGAUAGCUUCGGUCUUUUGGUUUUGUUGUCAUGUUACGCUGAAAAAUUAGAACGAGACUUACCUUUUACGAUCAAAGUGUUGAGUUCGAGACCAGUAGAAUUGAUGCCUUUACCAUGUUUAGUGAAGCCGCAUUGGUAUACUACGGUGAUUUGUGGUGACUGGAAUGGUGUCAAUUCUGGUGGUAGUCCUAAUAAUAUAUGGAGUUAUUUCAUGAAUCCUCACUAUAGACUUGUGCUUGAGGACUUUGGUGAAGUGCUGGUUCUUCUUGAAUGCUCAAGUCCGCUAUCGGUUAAUUUGAGGCUGUUUCCUGGUAGAAUCGCCACUCCUAGGGCUCUUAAGGGCGGGAAAGUAGUAAGUUCGGAGGACUACAAGAUACACUGCUGCUCCAUACAUCGGUUUCUUAAAGGUGGGCAAUAUGUUAUUAUACCUUCUUCCUUUCGUCCGAAUGAGCGAGGAUCAUUCAGGAUAGUUGUUUAUUCGAAGCGUCGAAGUUCCAUUAGUCUUAUACCAUAUCCUCAUUGCCCCGUGUUGCCUUCGCCAGAGUUCCACAUACAGCGUGUUAAUAUGACUGAGCCUAUACACUUUGAGACUGAAGUACCUACCUCAUUAGCUGUUAGGAUCGAGGUACCGACUGAUAUAAUGAGUGAUUUUUUUGCCAUAUUUGCGUCAUCUUUAGGCGUUUCACAUCCAACCCCGAAGGAAGUUCCCUGCAAUUUCCAGUCAAACGAUAAUGUAUACUGCCUCGAUACUUCAUGCUCUUUGUGCGGUGGGCCAGGUUCUAGGUUCAGGGAGAUAACCCAUGAGGACCCUUCCCAGAGCAGGGGCUACUACGAUCUGGUACUCUACAGUGACUUGAACGGUGGCACGUCUAAAAACGGACGCACGCCCUCUGCAUCAGCACGGCACCUUUUCGAGACUGAGCGUGUAGUCAACUUUACUCUGGCAGAUAUAUUACCGUCAACUAUGCCUUACAGGCUCACUGCGCUUGGCGGUGCCUCUCAAGGUGUGGUUACCUUUACAUCAGAUAAACCCAUAUCAAUUAUGUAAUGUAGUGAAAAUUGUUAUAAUAAAGUGUUAGAACCACGGUUGGUAACUCGUUUUCAGCUUCCCAAGGGUGCCCGAGUCCGCGGAUGCAUCUAUUAUGCACGUGAUAAUGUUGUUUAUUGG